AAACUUAUGCCAGUACUUUCUCUUUCUCUCUCUCUCUCUUUUCUUUUUGCUUUCUGUUGCUAAAGACACUCACUUCCAGACAGAAAAAAAAAAAAAAAAAAAAAGCUCUUCAGCUCUGCUUUACGACUUCGAUUCUCUUUGGCUUCGGCUUCUUCAAGCUUGUUUUUAGCCGUACGAUGCUUCUCCAUUGGAGCUUCAAUUCACAGGUUCAUCGUUGUUAGUAUUUGGCUUGGAUCUUUCUAACUGGAGCAUUUUCCAGAUCUAUUAUAAAAAUAAUUCUUCUCAAUUCAGAGCUCUUAAAUGGUUUUUGUAUCUUUGUCUUUGUAUCCAUUCCCAAAAUCACCGACAAUUUUUCCAUUUUGGACACAUUUUCUGCUUCGUUAAGAAAUCUCUUUCACAAUUUUCUAGCAUUUUCUUCCAACCAUCCUCCAUUAGAAAGCGAUUUUUGUAAUCUUUCUCUUUGGCACACUCUCUGCUGAUUUUCUUUAAAUUAACAUUUUAUCCAAAAAAAAAAAAAAAAAAAAAAUUAGCUCCUCAAGGACGCUGAAUUUACGAAAAUGAAUCGGUUUUUGAUCUCGGUUUUCCUCUGUUACUUGGCCAUCGCGCCGUUCUUGAACUGUUUCUCACUUGCGGAACUGAUAACUUGCUCGGGGAUAGUACCGAUGAGGUACCGAAACGAUAAGAUUUCGAUUACGGACUUUGGGGGAGUCGGCGAUGGGAAAACGGUGAACACCAAGGCGUUUCGGGAGGCAAUAUAUCGGAUUGAGCAUUUGAGGAGGAGAGGAGGCACUCUUCUUUAUAUACCACCUGGGGUAUACUUAACGGAGAGCUUCAAUCUCACAAGCUACAUGACGCUUUACUUGGCCAGAGGUGCUGUUAUCAAAGCUACUCAGAAUACCUUGAAUUGGCCUUUAAUUGCUCCCUUGCCAUCUUAUGGAAGAGGGAGGGAGCUCCCUGGUGGGAGGUAUAUGAGCUUUAUUCAUGGAGAUGGACUUCGUGAUGUUAUCAUCACCGGUGAAAAUGGAACAAUUGAUGGCCAAGGUGAAGUUUGGUGGAACAUGUGGAGGCAAAGAACUCUUCAAUUUACUAGACCAAAUCUUGUUGAAUUCAUAAAUUCGCAAAACAUUAUCAUAUCCAAUGUGAUCUUUCGAAACUCUCCCUUUUGGAACAUUCAUCCUGUUUAUUCCAGAAAUAUUGUUGUGCGAUAUGUCACUAUAUUGGCUCCAUCUGACUCUCCCAACACUGAUGGAAUUGAUCCAGAUUCAAGCUCUGAAGUUUGCAUAGAGGACUCAUACAUCUCCACUGGAGAUGAUCUUGUGGCUGUAAAAAGUGGAUGGGAUGAAUAUGGGAUUGCUUAUGAUAGGCCUAGCUCUGACAUCACCAUCCGACGGGUAACUGGGUCAUCCCCGUUUGGUGGCAUUGCCGUUGGAAGUGAAGCCUCUGGUGGAGUGCAGAAUGUCUUUGCAGAACACAUAAACCUUUUCAACAUGGGAACUGGUAUCCAUAUAAAAACAAACAUCGGCAGGGGAGGAUUUAUCAAAAAUAUUACUGCUUCCAAUGUCUACAUAGAAAAUGCUCGAAAGGGAAUAAAGAUUUCAGGAGAUGUUGGAGACCACCCGGAUGACAACUAUAACCGAAAUGCUCUCCCAGUAGUUCAUGGUAUCACGUUGAAGGAUGUCUGGGGUGUGAAUGUUCUGCAAGCAGGAUUAAUACAAGGCCUGAGGGACUCUCCUUUUACUGGGAUUUGUCUGUCCAAUAUCAACCUCCGCACCACAACAAGGCCGCGAACACCAACUUGGAAAUGCUCCGACGUUAGAGGGGCUGCUCAUCAGGUUAGCCCUUUGCCAUGUUCAGAGUUGAGCAGUGUCCAAAAUACAGGUUCUUGCUCAACUCACUUCUGAAAAUUUAUGUAAUAAUAUUCAUCUUUAUGUAAUGUUGCAGUUUCUACCUUUUUCCUUUUUCUUUGGUUACAUGAUGUUGUACCCCAUUUAUUCAGUUUAUAUAAUUUAUAAAUAAAAUCAUAAUUUUAAGAACGAUUAUUUGACUUAAUAUUUCCAAUACUUUCUUCACUUUUUGUCUGCAUAUGAUAUUUUAGGCACAAGCCAACACAACCCCUAAAAGUACUGAAAAUUCUGCACCCAUGAGCGAUUUGGCAUCGAUAUAUUUAUAAUACUAUUCUCAUUCUAUUGUAUAAAGGCAGAUAAACCAUUUGCAUAAAUCAAACUAGAAGUACAGGUAUAUAAUAUUCUACAUGCUUCUACAUCUCUCCCGGAUGCAAAAUUAUUUACACCAAAAAAAAAAAAAAAAAGGGAAAAGAAAAAGAAAAACAA